AUGUCGAAACAAGCAUUUGAAGAAGCCAAUGAAGCCUUUGUUGAUGAUAAAUAUGAAGAAGCAUAUGAACUUUAUACCAAAGCUCUUACUGAUGACGAUAAAACUGAUAGUCAUUUUACUUCUAAAAUCUUAGCAGCACGUGCUCAAUGUGCAUUGAAAUUAAAAAAAUAUGCUGAUGCAUUAAAUGAUAGCAAUAAUGCUAUUGAAUUAGAUGAAAAAAAUAUUAAAGCAUAUCUUCGUAAAGGUACAGCAUUAUGUAAUCAAGAUUUAAAAGAAGAAGCUUUGAAAACAUUUGUUCGUGGUCUUGAAAUUGAUUCUGCUGAUGAACAAUUAAAAGUAUGGAAAGAAAAAUGUGAAAAAGAACUCGAAAAUAAAAAACAACUUGCAGCAGCUACUACUGAAAAAGAAAAACCAGCAGCAACUGCUGCUCCUGUUCCACCACCACCAGCUAAAAUUAAACAUUCAUUCUAUCAAACAGACAGUGUUCUUACUAUACAAAUACCAAUUAAAGGUCUGAAAAAAGAUCAAGUUCAAGUUCAAACUACAGAUACAACUUUAAGUGUUGGAACAAAAAUUCCUUCAACAGGCAAUGAUUAUUCACUUGAACUUGAUCUUGCUUAUCCUAUUGAUUCAUCACGUACGAGUUUCAAUGUAACAGGCUCCAAUAUUGAAAUAAAAUUGUAUAAACGACAGGCUAUUCAAUGGACUUCAUUAGAUGCACAAUCAUUAGUUGGCAAAACGCAACCACCGGUUCCAAUGAGUCGACCAGUGGCAGAAAAAGCUCCAAGUUACCCAUCAUCAAGUCUACGAGCUAAAGAUUGGGGUCAAAUUGAAGCACAAAUUAAAAAAGAUGAAAAAGAUAAUAAAGAAGAUAUGGGUGAUGCCAAUACAAUAUUUCAACAACUUUAUCGUGAUAGUGAUGAGAACACUCGUCGAGCCAUGAAUAAAUCAAUGUCCGAAUCAGGUGGUACUUGUUUAAACAUGAAUUGGGAAGAAGUAUCCAAAGGUAAAGUUACCUGUGAACCACCUGAUGGUAUGGAAUGGAAAAAAUAUGAUUCAUAA